AUGGUAGCUAUAAAUUACGAUCAAUUAGAUGGUUUGCCUUGUAAAUGUACAAUUAUUGACAAUAAUUUAACAGUCCUUGAUGACCCUGUAACUGAUCAAGAGAGAAGAAACGUCGAGCAGUUGAUUAGAAUAGAGAUGGAUAAUCAUGACGGGGUUGGUUCAAAUAGUCAGCCGAAUGAAACACGUUUACACCCGCUCAUAGAUGAUGUUUUUCCAGUUCCCCUUUCAUCCCUGCAAGGCUCGAGCACUUUAUUAGGUCAAGAAAUAAAAAGAUAUGAAGAAGAGCUAAAUGCAGAUAUGACUGUAGAUCUGCAUUUGAUUCGUCCAGGAGUUGAUCUUUCACGAUAUUCUGCGUUCACAUCAGAAGACGGUGACAUCAAUUACGAAAAUUUGUACUCAACUUUAUCUUAUGCUAGUAUGCAACAAAGACUGUUGUCACUCGCAUUACAAAACACGGAUUCAAUAAAGGCAUCAGAAGAUAGUAAUCUUGAAUCUCUUAAAGUAAUGAAGGAAGAUUAUUCGAGUAGUCUCCAUCAAAAGAGACGUCAAAUUGACGACUUCAAUUUGAUCAGGAAGAAGAGACAAGUAGUCGAAUUCGGUCCUGUGAAUGAAUAUCUUAAUGAAAGAUGGAAAGAUGGGAUCAGGUCAGCUGUAGACCUUGGAAUAGAGGCGAGUAAAAUAGACUUAGAUAUAUAA